GCUGCUACGAACCCGCCAAGCAUGACGACCAUCUUUGAUGCGUUGCAUCAGAACUUCAACUACAGUCAACUUUGACAACCUCGUUUUGGCGGUGAGUGAUACUUCUGCAACAGUCACGAGUAUAUGAGACUUCUGCACCGUCGAUCUCUUCUGAAUCUUCUCUGUACAAUUGUCGUUGUGAUCAUUGCUUUCAUCCUGGCACCUCGCCGCCCCUCAUCGUCGACACUGUCCCGCCUGAGUACGCUCGUUUCUCAACUCCACUCCCCCACCAAAAGCUCUGUACCUGCAGGCCUUGGCAUCAAACCUCUCAAUAGCACGUCUUCUUUCUCGAGCAACGCCUUGAAAGGCUCAAAUCACAGCAUGGCAUACGAGAAGGAGCUCAAGGUCGCCCAAUUGGCAGUGGCACGUGCCGCCAUACUUACCAAAUCUGUUUUCCACGAAAAGGCUAAAGGCACAGUGUCCAAGGACGACAAGUCACCGGUGACGAUAGGUGACUUUGGAGCCCAAGCCCUGAUCAUCGCCGCUAUCAAACACAAUUUUCCCUCUGACGAAGUUGUCGGCGAGGAAGAAGCCUCAUCGCUCCGCGAGCAGAAAGACCUCUCCUCCAAAAUCUGGAACCUCGUCAAGGAUGUCAAACUCGACGACUCUGAAAGCGACGCUCUGUUAGGUGGACCAAUCAAGUCAGAAAAUGAGAUGCUCGAUGCCAUCGACCUGGGGAACAGCGCUGGCGGGAACAAAGGCCGCAUCUGGGCUCUAGACCCCAUUGAUGGGACGAAAGGUUUCCUCCGCGGCGGACAAUACGCCGUUUGUCUCGCGCUCAUGGUCGACGGUGACGUGAAGGUCGGUGUGCUGGGCUGCCCUAACCUCCCUGUCGACGAUAGCGCCCCGUUGGCCGAGGAUAUCGGCACGGCGGCUAGCGACGCCGAGGGCAAGGGCGUGCUUUUCUCAGCUGUGCAAGGCGAAGGCGCCACUUCCCAACAACUCACCCGUGGCGCUGUCACCAAAGGCCAGUCCAUCCACGUCAGCAAGAUCACCAAAGUCAGCGAGGCUGUCAUGUGCGAGAGCGUCGAGGCCGGGCACAGCUCCAAGGGCGACAAUGCCCUGAUCGCGGAGAAAUUGGGUAUCACUGGCAAACCGGUGCAGAUGGACAGUCAGGCCAAGUAUGGCUCUGUUGCUCGUGGUGCAGGAGACCUGUAUCUACGUCUACCCGUGCGAAAAGACUACAUUGAGAAGAUCUGGGAUCACGCCGCUGGAGACCUCAUCGUGCGUGAAGCUGGUGGUCGGGUCACAGAUAUCAAGGGCAACCGGCUGAAUUUUAGUCUCGGCAGGACGCUCACUGAGAAUAAGGGAGUUAUUGCUUCGCCGGCGAAUGUGCACGCCGAAGUGCUUAAGGCUGUGCAGGAGGUUCUAGCCACCAAAUCAUAAAAUGGUAUAGAGAUACAGCAUUGAUACAUACAGCCGAAACAGAACGAUAUGAUAGC